AUGCCUAUGACAAAGUUCAAGACGCCUGAGAAGUAUGCCUACCUCACAGGCUUCGGUCAAUAUCAGGAAUCAGAGGCAAUCAAGGGAGCACUGCCCAUAGCUCAAAAUACCCCGCAAAGGCCGCCCUAUGGGUUGUAUACCGAAAGGAUCACUGGUUGCCCUUUCAUUUCUCCACGUAACGACAACCAUCAAACAUGGCUGUACAGGAUCAUGCCCAGUGCACAUCAGCGCCCAUUCGAGCCAGAGCCGGAAGAGCAGUUUGCUCACAGCCGGUUCGGCCAAAAACUCAACUACACCCCGACGCAAUUGCGUUGGAGCCCCUUUGACAUUGACGAGUCCUUGGAUUGGAUACACUCCAUGCGCUUGCUUGGAGGAGCUGGCGAUCCUGCGACACGCUCGGGAGUGGGCUUCUUCAUUUUUACAGCUGGACAGUCCAUGGACCCAAAAAUCGCCUACUUUUCUGCGGACGGUGACCUUCUGAUCAUCCUGCAGCAGGGCGUACUGGACAUUCGAACAGAGCUGGGGCACCUACUUGUCCGUCCCAAGGAGAUUUGUGUCAUUCCUCGUGGCAUUCGCUACAACGUAACGCUCCCAGACGGCCCCGUUCGUGGUUAUGCAUUUGAGCUCUUCCAGGGUAAUUUUACUCUCCCAGAUCUCGGUCCUUUAGGAUCAUUCGGUCUGGCCAAUGCCCGGGAUUUCCAGAUUCCCGAAGCAGCAUUCGAUGAAGACACAACACACGAGUACAGGAUCGUUGCCAAAUUUAAUGAUCGGCUAUUCUCCUCAGUCCAAGAUCAUACACCGUUCGAUAUCGUUGCCUGGCAUGGCUCGUAUUAUCCCUACAAGUACGACCUAGGACGCUUCAUGACCAUUGGUAGUGUUUCGUACGAUCACCCUGAUCCCUCCAUCUUCACCUUCCUCACAUCGUCCGAGCAGGUCUUCGAGAUGGCCAUCUUCCCACCUAGGUGGCUGGCCAUGGAGAACACCAUGCGACCUCCUUGGUAUCACCGCAAUACCAUGGCAGAAUACAUGGGCUUGAUCGAAGGAGAGUACGACGGGCGUACGGACGGCGGUUUCCGAGCCGGUGGCGCGAGCUUACAUACGGUGAUGGGUGCCCACGGCCCUGACAGCGAGACCCACCGUAAGGCUUCGGUGGCUGAGCUACAUCCUCAGAAAGUGGGUGAGGGCAGUUUGGCUUUUGUGGUGGAAACACCAAUGCUACUUGGCCUGAGUGACUGGGCAAUGAAAGGCUGUGGGAAAAGACAGGAGAACUACAAUGCCCAAACGUGGUUGGGUCUCAAGCCUCAUUAUGAGUUUCCAGCCUCGGCGAAGAGAAAGAGCACUCUCCUGAAAGAUGUUGUUGACAUGGACGUGAACGGGUAUCAUCAAUCUUAG